AUGUCAUCUACAACGAAGGAUAAUAACACUAGUUAUCGUGAUGGGUGCAUGAGCCCAGGAUAUAAAUCAAUAAAAAAUAGCUUUAUAGGUAAUUUGCUUCGUAAACUAACCUUAAAACCGAGUAAAUCUGGCAGGCCCCAAGACGAAACCAAAAACACUCCUUUGACAAAUCCUGACUCGAUCAAUUCUACUAUAAAUAAUAAAAAAGAUGAUGCAAAACUAAGAACCCCUCGUAAAGUAAAAGUAAAAUCGGAUCACAAAGGAAAAUAUAUUCCAAUUGAAAUCCCUAUUACUUAUAAUGAACAAGUGAUAGAUAAUUCAUCUCCAUAUCCACACAAUCGUCCAAAAGAUAUUCAUCAGUUGGAACGAAAAGUUGAUGCCCUUGGUUCUCAAUUAAACCAGAUUGAACAGAUGUUAAGCUCUUUGGUUCAAUCUCCUAAAGAUAAUAAUAGUAUCAAAGUUAAUUUGAACAGUGUCAAAGAUGAUUUGAACAGUGUCAAAGAUACUUUGAAUAACGACGAAAAAAAUGAUAAAGAUAAUACUGAUGAAAUCAAAAACACAACCAAAGAGAAUUUAAAUUCUCAGGCACAAAAUGUUACUCCUAAAUCUUCUGCUAAUGAAACAUCAAAAAAUUCGACAAAAACUAAUGUCCAUAUUCGAUACUGUAACGAAUGUGGUCGCCAGAAACUUCUUGAUGAAUGGUGUGAACCAUUUUGGGAAAGAUAUACUAACGUCAAUGUCGCUCUAAAAAGUUUAUUAGAAUUAAAUGAGGAAGAUUUUACUAGUGAGAUUUUUAAAGAGCUCAAAUCCCAUCUAAUGUCUAACGACCAGGUGGUAGGUCGUUUCAACAUUUUACGCACUUAUGGUAUAACCCGCGAUCCUGAUUCAAAGAUUUAUAUGAUAGUAAUGACAUUAGCUGACGAUGGUGAUUUGUCUGCAUAUUUGAAAAAACAUUUCUCUUCACUUACUUUUAUCAAAAGACUUGAUAUUCUUUACGAUAUGGCCACUGGUUUAUGUCAAAUUCAUAAAUCUGGACUUAUGCAUCGUGAUUUACAUAGUGGCAAUGUGAUGUGUCAACGAUUAAAUAGAGGUCCAGGCCGUGACGAAGAGUAUCGAUUUGUGAUUGGUGAUUUGGGUCAGGCAACUCCACCAAAAAAAGAUGAUACUUUUGGUGACGUUGCACAAGAUCCGUCUUUAAUAUUAGAGAUUUGUUCGGGAUUAAGACCUGAGAUUCCAUCUAAUACUCCAAAAUUGUAUGCAGACCUAAUGCAAAGAUGUUGGAGCAAUAAUAUUGAAAAAAGGCCAAGUGCACAAGAAAUAUAUUCAGCGAUUGGAACAUGGUUAAAUCAAUGUUUAUUUGUUCCAAAUUCUAAUAUUGCUAAGGAAUUUGAAAAAGGUGAUGAGUACAGCAUAAAGACUCCACGUUCGCAAAAAUUACAUCCAAACAAUGUUCUAUAUAGUACCUAUCAUGAUGUUAAAGCAUUAACAACGAAUUUGGACCAUUUCGGUAAGGAAGAUUCAAAACUAGAUAUCAUGGAUAACGACUUUGAAAUCCCUGACUCCAUAGAUGAUGAAGAUUCUACUUUUGAAAUCCCUGAUUCCUUUGAUGAAGUCGAAGAUUCGCUAGAUGAAGCCGAAAAUUCUCUAGAUGAGGUCGAAGAUUCAAUAGACAAUAUAGACUUAGAUGAUAUUCCUAUAACUCCAACUGACGAAUCAUCAGUACUAAAUAAGUUGAAUAUUGAAGAUAUCAAAAAAGAAAUUGUUUCUAAGCCUUCACCUCAACCAAUAAGUUCAACUAAUGAUGAUGUUCAAGUAAAAGAAAAUGAUGAAUUUAGGUAUUCAUAUCAGUCGAUGGGAUCUGUAAAGUUUGAAUUUUCUAUUAGUGAUCUCGAAGAUUAA